UUUCUGUCCACCACGUGACUGACGGUUGAGAUUCCUCCGCGUGACGCCGGCGUAAACACGGGACAACAGGAGGGCAAACUCGGGCAGCUGCUGCAGCCUGGAGCCGUCGGUUCCGCGGACGGAUUAAUGACCCGUUUGUGAUCGAUCAGGGUGGUGAUCAGCCGGUGAUCGGAGGUCUGAGCGGAUCAGACAGUAACAGUGUGUGUGUGGUAGGGCGGAGGAGAGAUGCGUUGCCUGGUAACAGAAACAGGACUGAGGAGGAAACCAGGCCAACCGUCAAUCUGAAGCAACAUCUCCAGCCUCAACGCUGUGGCCUGUGGUUUAGGAUGUGCCUGUAGACGACUCUGAGGGUGAAGCAGCCGUCAUGCCGUGUUCGUGUGCAGAGUGGAGGAGGUGGAUCCGCCCUCUGGUUCUGGUUCUCUACGCUCUUCUGCUGGUGGCCGUGCUGCCGCUCUGCAUCUGGGAGCUGCAGAAAGACAAGGUUGGGACUCACAGUAAGGCCUGGUUCAUAGCCGGCGUGUUUGUCUUCCUGACCAUCCCAAUUUCACUGUGGGGGAUUCUGCAGCACAUAGUGCACUUCACCCAGCCUGAGCUGCAGAGGCCGAUCAUCAGAAUACUGUGGAUGGUGCCGAUCUACAGUCUGGACAGUUGGCUGGCUCUGCGGUAUCCCAGUCUGGCCAUCUACGUGGACACGUGCAGGGAGUGCUAUGAGGCCUACGUCAUCUACAACUUCCUGGUGUUCCUGCUGAACUUCCUCAGUAACCAGUACCCGAGCCUGGUGCUCAUGCUGGAGGUCCAGCAGCAGCAGCCACACCUGCCUCCGCUCUGCUGCUGCCCACCAUGGCCCAUGGGAGAGGUGCUGCUGUUCAGGUGUAAGCUGGGAGUCCUCCAGUACACUGUGGUCAGACCCGUAACCACGGUGAUAGCACUGAUCUGUCAGCUCUGUGGGGUUUAUGAUGAAGCCAACUUCAGCUUCAGAAGCGCCUGGUCCUACCUGGUCAUAAUCAACAACAUAUCACAGCUGUUUGCCAUGUACUGUCUGGUGUUGCUGUACCGAGCUCUCAAAGAAGAGCUGACUCCCAUCAGGCCUGUGGGAAAGUUCCUCUGCGUCAAACUGGUGGUGUUCGUCUCCUUCUGGCAGGCUGUCAUAAUAGCGUUCCUGGUGAAGGUCGGUGUGAUCUCCGACAAACACACCUGGGACUGGGACAGUGUGGAGGCCGUGGCUACUGGACUGCAGGACUUCAUCAUCUGCAUAGAGAUGUUCCUGGCUGCCAUCGCUCACCACUACACCUUCACCUACAAACCAUACGUACAGGAAGCAGAGGAGGGAUCAUGUUUCGACAGCUUUCUGGCCAUGUGGGAUUUCUCUGACAUCAGAGCUGAUGUCACAGAGCAGGUCCGCCAUGCUGGUCGUACGUUCCUGGGUCGUCCCAACAAGAUGUACUUCGGUGCGGUAGCUCGACCUGAACACACCGAGCACACCGGCCUCCUCACAGCGACCUCCCAGGAUGCCGUUGCCGUGGCAGCCACUUCGAUGCCCUCCUCCCCUUCUUCCAGUGGGCGGUACCAAGGCCUCGGCCACACCCCCACGCCACACUCUAUCUCCGCCCCUGCAGGGUUCACUUCCUCUUCCUGGGAGGACGACAGCGACAACUCAUAGCCAGGAGUGGAAACUCUAAUCUUUCUGUACGUCCUUUAAACCCUUGUUUUGAUGUGCUUCAUGGCUAUGGACAAAGAAACUCUCAGACUCUGAAUUAAACUCAGAAAAAAAAUUAAGCGUGGUUUGAACUCCGGUCUCCACAUUUGUGAAAAAGAAGCUAAUUCACAGACGGAUUUUAUCAAGACUAAUCAAAGGAAAGCUGAGAAGAGAAAGAGUCUGCAUGCACCAAGUUUGUUGAGAAACGUAUUUUUAAAAUAAUUACCCAGUUUUAAAUGUUUGAAUUCUGUAUUUUGAUGUCAAAUGAUGUCAUUUUGGUAAAUGUAUCUCUACCUGUUGAAAGGAAAGGAUAUUUGAUGUUUUCAUCAGGAGGGGAAGCAGGUUGGUCUCUUGGUUUUACACUUCCACGGUGCUGAAGUGUCCUUAAGCUAGGUUUAACUAUUUGUUCUAAUUCAUAAUAAAUGAACACACCAUAUCCAA